AUGAGCUGGGCCACGAAGCAGAACUAUCGGAAGACUCCGACAGCCCACGAGAUCGCUCAUGCGCAUCAGACGUACAUCACCCCGAGCGGCAUUCUGCCAUUUCCAGCCAUUUCCUCCCAGCCAAAACAGGCUUACAACACUCCUUCUUCCACCAACAUUCCGUCGAAUAGUCCCGCUGGCCAAGACAAUCGAAUUCGCCAUGCGUACUAUAACCUCCUCUACCAAACACACGAAACACGCUCCGACGCCCUCCGAGUCGGCUCAUUGGCUCACCGCAAGAAUCCGCAGAUCAUGGACAUACGCGUUUGA